AUGUCUACAGAAAAUACCAGUGUUGUGUCUGAAUUUAUCUUUGUGGGACUUGCAGAUGUACCAGAACUGAAGAUUCCCAUCUUCACAUUGUUGCUGCUGAUCUAUGUUAUCACUGUGGUGGGCAACCUAGGGAUGAUUUUGCUGAUCAGAAUGGACUCUCAGCUUCACACCCCCAUGUACUUUUUCCUCAGUAAUCUGGCUUUCUUAGAUUUUUGCUAUUCUUCCAACAUCACCCCCAAAGCCUUAAGCAAUUUCCUAUCAGUGAGGAGAACCAUUUCUUUCCUGGGUUGCAUAAUCCAACUGUAUUUCUUUGUUGCUCUGGCAAGUACAGAGUUCAUGCUUUUUGGGCUAAUGGCUUAUGACCGCUAUGUGGCCAUCUGCAACCCUUUGUUGUACACAUCAAUCAUGUCACACACACGAUGCAUCAAGAUGGCUGGUGGAGCAUUCACAGCCGGCUUCUUGAACUCAAUCAUUCAUACCACUUUGGUAGGUACUUUGUCUUUUUGCCAGUCUAAUGAAAUCAACCAUUUCUUCUGUGAGAUCCCCCCACUACUCAAGCUCUCAUGUUCUGAUACAUCCAUAGCUGAAACACUAGUUUUCAUUUGUGCUGGAAUCAAUAUGUUAGGCUCUCUCUUGAUAAUACUGAGUUCUUACCUGUACAUCCUUUUCACGGUGCUCCAGAUGAAGUCAGCCAAGGGCCGCAAGAAAGCCUUUUCCACCUGCAUCUCCCACCUGAUUGCUGUGAUCAUAUUCUAUGGAACUGGCAUGUUUAUAUAUUUGCAACCUAGUUCCAACUUUUCAGAGGAUCAGAAUAAAGUUGUGUCAAUGUUUUAUGCCUUUGUCAUCCCAAUGCUCAACCCCUUAAUUUACAGUCUGAGGAACAAGGAGGUGAAGGAGGCAAUGAAGAGAGUGAUGGAUAAGAAUGCAUUUUCACAUUUACUAUAA